AUGAGAUUUACGCCCAUCCCAAACCUAAACCCCAUCCACCACCCCAAACCCAUCCCCAUCCACCACCCCCAAACCCCAUCCACCACCUCAUCCCCAUCCACCACCCCAUCCCCAUCCACCACCCCAUCCCCAUCCCCAUCCACCACCCCAACCCCAUCCCCAUCCACCACCGCAUCCCCAUUCACCACCCCAUCCCCAUCCACCACCCCAUCCUCAUCCACCACCCCAUCCCCAUCCACCACCCCAUCCCCAUCCCCAUCCAUCACCCCAUCCCCAUCCACCACCCCAUCCCCAUCCACCACCCCAUCCCCAUCCCCAUCCAUCACCCCAUCCCCAUCCACCACCCCAUCCCCAUCCACCACCCCAUCCCCAUCCCCAUCCACCACCCCAUCCCCAACCACCACCCCAUCCCCAUCCCCCACCCCAUCCCCAUCCCCAUCCCCGUCCACCACCCCAUCCCCAUCUCCAUCCACCACCCCAUCCCCAUCCCCAUCCACCACCCCAUCCCCAUCCACCACCCCAUCCCCAUCCCCAUCCACCACCCCAUCCCCAUCCACCACCCCAUCCCCAACCACCACCCCAUCCCCAUCCCCAUCCACCACCCCAUCCCCAACCACCACCCCAGCCCCAUCCCCAACCACCACCCCAUCCCCAUCCCCAUCCCCGCCCACCACCCCAUCCCCAUCUCCAUCCACCACCCCAUCCCCA